AUGUCAGAUUCCAACUCAACCCACUUCACCAAUCCCUCCACCUUCAUCCUGCAGGGGGUUCCUGGCCUGGAGGUGGCCCAUGUCUGGAUCUCCAUCCCCUUCUGUGCCAUGUACAUCAUAGCCAUCUUGGGGAACAUCACCAUCCUGUUCAUCAUCAAGAAAGAGCCGAGCCUCCAUGAGCCCAUGUACUAUUUCCUCUCCAUGCUGGCUGUCAGUGACCUGGCUCUAUCGACAUCCACCCUGCCCAAAAUGCUGAGCAUCUUCUGGUUCAAUUCCAAGGAGAUCAAUUUCAGUGCCUGCCUCACCCAGAUGUUCUUCAUUCACAGCUUCUUAAUGAUAGAGUCUGGGAUCUUCGUGGCCAUGGCGUUGGAUCGCUACGUGGCCAUCUGCCAUCCCCUGAGACAUUCCACCAUCCUGACAAACCCCGUGGUGGCCAAGGUUGGUCUGGCCGUGGUGCUGCGUGGUAGCAUGAUCGUCCUGCCUUAUCUCCUGCUGGCCAGGCAGUGGCCAUAUUGCAGAACCAACAUCAUCCCCCAUGCAUAUUGCGAGCACAUGGCCGUGGUGAAGCUGGCCUGUGCCGACACCCGCGUAAAUAACUACUACAGCCUCGUUGUGGCAUUCUUGGUGACCGGUUUGGAUCUGUCUUAUAUCACUGUGUCCUACACCCAAAUUCUGAGGGCUAUCUUCAGCCUCCCCACAAAGGAUGCCCGGCUUAAGACUUUUGGGACCUGCAGCUCCCACCUCGGUGUCAUCUUAGCCUCCUACACUCCAGCUGUUUUCUCCCUCCUCAGCUAUCGAUUUGGCCAAAAUAUGCCAUUAUAUUUCCACGUUCUCAUUGCCAGCAUGUAUCUUCUAGUGCCCUCCAUGCUAAACCCUAUCAUCUACGGGGUGAAGACCAAACAGAUCCGGGACAGGCUGCUCCGGCACAUGACUCCUGCGGACUGA